AUGGCCAUUACUUCCUAUGCCAGAUAUUUGGAAGCAGUCUCUAGGGAUUUCCUUUUGCAUGCGUUGCUUAAGGCCUUACUCUACAUGCUGUUUUCCAGUAUAUUGUUGACUACAUGUUUCUUCUUGAAUGAUUAUCUUGAAAGUACACCAUACAAGGAGUGGUCGAUCAUUGCCAUCUUGCAAUAUACAGUAUCAAAAUCUGAAUUAUCUAAAGAUACAAUUGACAUCCUCAAAACUGAUUCAUAUUCAGUACUAUGGAAUUUGUGCAAAAGAUGCAAUACACAAGUAAAGGAAUUCAAUAUAGCAGUAUGUCAAAAUGUAACAUCAGCAAACACAUUACAAACAUUAAAGGAAUAUCGUAUGGCCAGAAUAGAAAUCGAGGAUAUACACAAUGUGGAUGUAAAUAAAGUCACUGUAUUUACUGCUUUAAUGCAGAAGUCACAUCCUUUUCAAUUCAAAAGUAGAAAUAAGAAAACUACAAUUGAUUUGAAUGAUCAAUCAGAAUCUGAUAGUGGAUUGUAUUAUGAGGACUCAGUGGAGAGAGUCCAGGAAGAAGUAGAUAUAUUUAGUGCUCAGAGAAUUGAGACGAGAGUUAUGAACAUUGAAUUGAUAAAAAAAAAUUCUUUUAAUAACAAUGAGGCCGAAGAAUUUAUUAGUAAAAAAGAGAUCGAAGAAUGUUGGAAUGGGUGCUCAUUAAAGAAACUGGUAGACAAUAACCACCGAAUCAUCAAAGAAAAUGGAAAUAAAGAUACUUUCUAUGUUGAUCUUAAUGUGCUUAUAACAUUAUUUAUGAAACAGCAAUUUGAUAAAUAUGAGCAUCAAAAAACUUAUGAAUUGUUUUGGUAUCAGGAUUUCUAUACACGGAUAGCCCUUCAAUUGUUGCGUAAGCAUAGUGCUUUGUUAGAUAGUAGUUCUAGCGAAUAUCAGUAUCAAGAUGAAAUCGUUAACCCUUUUCUGAAUGAACGCGAGAGACUUGGAGAUAAACAUGAUGGAAUCCUAUACAUGAAUGUAUGUGGUGUAAAGGUUGGAGUUGGAUUUAUCGAAGUAGUGAACAAUGCGUUUGCUACUAUAAUAUCUGACAAAAAUGAUGAUUUAGAGAAAUUAUUAAAAGAACACCUUCAAAUUGCAAUCAUUUGCUGUGUUAGUGUAUGCAUGCAUUUGAUUGGUGACAUAUAUAUUGUUGACGAAUAUGAUACUUUUGUCAUACCAGACUCUGGUUUGAACCUUUUACAUAUUGGAAAUAUUGUCAAAAUAGUAAAGAAAUUCAAAGUACAAAUGAUCAAAUAUUAUCAUAAACUUAUUCAAAAGCCACGUAUAGUGACCUGGCCUCCAAUGUCAGGAUUACCAACUGCUUCACCAUCUAAGCCCAA